AUGGACAAGGCUGUACACGAUCUAUAUAAAGAAACAAAUGAUGAUCAACAAAAAGUCAUUGCACCGAAUGAUGGAAGUGCGACAUCAGUACCAUUAGCAACAGAAACGGCUGGGCAGAGUCCUGUUGGUCAAAUAGCGACAAAGCCAGUUACUCAAGCUGACGUAGAAGCCAAUCCCGCAUAUAAAAUACUUUUUGACAUAUCCACAAUGGAUCACGCUGUGGUUCAAAACGAAAAGCGACAAACUGAUAUUAAAACUGUACCUGAUGAUGCUAAAACUGGUGCAACAUCAGCCAAUACUCUCCCACCUGAUACAACUACAUUAGAAGGGACAAUUGCAAAUGAGGCCAAUCCAAAUACUAAUCCACGUUAA